AUGGCCGAACCCAAGCCCGUCUACAACCUUCCCGACGAUGCAGUCUGGCUCAUCACCGGCUGCUCUUCUGGCAUGGGUCAGUCCCUGGCAAAACUCAUUGCAUCACACCCAACGCAGCGUUUAGUGGCCACAGCACGCAGUGUGUCCAAGUUGGAGGGCAUACUCCCCGCAGACAAGCCCCGUGUCUUGUUGACGGCGCUAGAUGUCGACAGCAACGACUCCAUCAAGGCCGCCUUCGACGCCGCGAUUGAGAAGUUCGGUCGCAUCGACGUCGUCGUGAACAACGCGGGCUAUGGCCUGAUGGGGGACACCGAGUCAUUCCUGACCGACGACGAGAACAUGCAGAAGGCUCGCAAAAUCGUCGAGACGAACUUUUGGGGCACCGCGCAGGUCUCCGCCCACGCCGUACGCGUCUUUCGCGAUGAGAACCCCAAGACCGGCCAGAUCGGCGGUGUCGUGCUGAACAUCACCUCCAUUGGCGGUUUCGCGGGCUUCCCGGGCAGCGCCUUUUAUCAUUCUUCCAAGUUCGCUGUUGAAGGCUAUACGGAGUCACUGAGCAAAGAAAUGCGUCCCGACUGGAACAUCCAUUUCUGCAUCAUUGAGCCCGGUGGCACAAAGACCAACUUUGCCGGCGACAGCAUGUCGUGGCUCUCUCCUCACCCAGCCUACACAGCCCCAGACACUCCUACAAGACUGCUGGAAGGCUAUGUCAAGAGCCCAGACAUGCAAGCGACCUGGGCGCCAAGCGAGAACGUCGCGGCCGCGAUGUAUGAGGUCGUGGCUCGGAAGCAAGCUAUUCCUCUCAGAUUGCCCACCGGUGUGCCGGCUUGGAGUGUGAUCAAGGCUGAGUGCGAGGAGGUGGACAAGGCACUGCUUGCAUUCUAUCGCUUCUUUCACAGUUCGAGGGGAAGACUUCACAUUGCAAUCGCCGACGCGCACAAGAGACAUGGAGAAAUUGUUCGCGUCGCACCUAAUGAGCUCUCCUUUGCUAGCGUGGAGAGCUGGAAGGCCAUCUACGGUCAUCCUACAGGCGGCAAGCAGAUUGCCCGAAAGGGAGCUUUUUACGAGGUUUUCGCCGCUGGGUUCAGCAGCAAAUGUGUUGGCAGCGAGCGCGAUCCGCAGAAACACUCCGCCAUGCGCAAGAUGCUGAAUCCGGCUUUCUCGCAACGCGGACUGUUAGAGCAGGAGGAGAUUAUCUCGGGGAUUGUCGAUAAGUUCGUCAAGACCGUGGGAGAGAAGGCGGGUCCUGGCACUAAAGGAUUGAAUAUGACCAAGUGGUACGAAAUGAACUCAUUCGAUAUCUUGGGAGAAAUGGCUUUUGGGGAGAGUUUUCACAGUCUGGAUACCGGCAUCCCGCACUUUUGGGCAGACAUUGUCCUCGAGCACCUCUACGUGAUAACUCUUCUCGACAAUCUGCGACGUGUUGGCUGUCUUUCCACGCUUGCUCGGCUGCUUAUUCCGGCUUGGAUCAUCACCAAAAACCAGAAUUCUAGCUACGCUCGACAACAGGUUGAGAAACGGCUUGCCAUCACCGAGUCACGCAACGAUUUCGUCAGUCUGUUGGCCGACAAGGUUCGUGCUGGAGAAGUUUCCAAGGAGGAGAUGACGGCUCACGUCUCAACCCUCACAAUUGCUGGUGGCGAGACCGUAGCAACCACGUUGUCCGGCCUCACAUGUUUCCUGGCCCAAAAUCCCGAUAAGCUGGGGAACCUCACGAAAGAAAUCCGCGCUGAGUUCAAAAGCUACGACGACAUCAACGCGGUCAAAGCCCAACAGUUGCCAUAUCUGCAGGCUGUUAUACACGAAGGUCUCAGACUUUUCCCUCCUGCUGCCGGUGGCGCACCUAGAGUUUCGCCGGGGUUCGAGCUACAUGGCCAAUACAUCCCCGCCGGUGUAAGUGUCCCAGAUUCCAAGGGAGAAUUGAUGUUUUUCCACGAGUAA